AUGGCGGAGUUGGACACCACAAAGAUAUCGAUCAUCACGGGCAAAAAGGCGGACCCCAAACUCCUCGCAGAGGUUGGGGUCCGUUCAGACGAAGUCCCAGGGGCUGCCAAGGCAAAACAUGCCCAAGAGAGGCGGUGUAACCUGUGCUGCAUGUCGUACGGCCUGAUUCUCUCAGCCGCAAUGGUCCUGAUGGUGUCCUGCAUUGGGACCGCCGCCGCCAUCUACACGGAAAAGAGAGUAAACUACUCGUUAAACGGUGCCAUGCGACAAGUGGGUUGGAUUGCGCUACCAGGGGUACUUGCUGGGACGACGUUGCACUACUUUCUCUCAGAAGCGAUGUGGAGCGGCAAACGUAACACGUGGGGGCAGGCAUGGAUGAAGGCCAUUGGUUUUAACAGUUUCAUGUGGUGCGCCGGUAUUGGCAUGGGAACCCUGCUUUGGCGCAAGGGCCUCCUCACGUCCUCCGCCGGCCGACGACUGUACUAUCGUUACCCCAUCCCCACAGUGCCGCUCGACGCCCGGGUUCUCCGCAGCGAGGCGGAGUUUUUUACAGGAAUGGGCUGGUCGUACUGGCUGAGCGGCGUGGUGACGGGUCAAGUGGGGUAUUUAAGUUGCGUAGGAUUUUGUGUUUGGAAUGACCGGCCCUAUUUUAUGAUGAAUCCCCACGGCGGCUACGCGGUCCGCUGCAUGCCCCGUUGGCGCAGAGAAGACUUUGCAAGGCAGGCGAAUGUCAAGCUCUCCGACGGGCGACCAUGA